AUGGCCAACCUUAUCACCCAGGCCCAUCAAGAGACUUUCAAAAUUCCCUCUGUCCCCAGUUCGGUUACCUCGGACCAAAAUGGACAUGCUGAAUUGGCUGCUGAAGUAGCUGCUUGUAAGAGAAUCCAGAAUAUCGAGGCCAAGUUGGCUCCCCUUAAGGAGCAACUCCAGCAUCACCCUCUCUACACCAUUAUCGACAACAUCGAUGAACUUCGUUACUUCAUGACCAACCAUAUUUUUGCUGUUUGGGACUUCAUGAGUUUACUCAAGGCAAGUAUUAUUUAUCAUCGUUUGAGCAAGAAUCGAGCAUAAGACAUAAUAUUUUAUCCAUUACAGGCGCUCCAGCAAUCUUUGACUUGCAUCACCGUUCCUUGGCACGCUCAGGGAUCUCGUAUUGCCAGACGUUUGGUGAAUGAGAUUGUGUUGGGAGAAGAGUCUGAUGAACUUGGCGGACAAUUCAUCUCUCAUUGCGAGUUCUAUCAAGAGAGUAUGGCUGCUGCUGGAGCUGAUGACUCUGCCCUGAGGGCAUUUGCCGAUGAAUUAGUUAGACUUGGAGACUGCAGCCAGAAGAACUUGGAAGCCUCCUUCAAGAAGGCCAAUGUCCCCGAACCCGCUGCCAGAUUUGUAACCAGAACAUUUGAGUUCUUGAGAAGUCAGAAGACCCACGUUAUCGCUUCGGCCUUCACAUUUGGCCGCGAAGAUCUAAUCCCCAUUAUGUUCCAAAGUUUCCUCGAUGAGAUGAACAAAGAAGCCAAGGGUGCUCUGGAUUUGUUUGUUCUUUAUUUGGAGAGACACAUUGAAGUGGAUGGAGAUGAUCAUGGGCCCAUGUCUUGUAAAAUGGUGAUGGAAUUGUGUGGAGAAGACGAUCAGAAGUGGAUGGAUGCUGAGGAGGCAGCCUUCUCAGCUCUUCAAGCACGUGUUCAACUCUGGGAUGGGAUCUACGAGAACGUGAAGAAGGGAAAGACCAAAGUCUAA